CCGGACUGCUCUAACUACCCCGCGAGCCCAGGGCACCAGCCACGAGGUGGCCGGCACAGGGCUGGGUCUGGAUGGCUACGUGGAGGCGGGAUGGCCGGCUAACCGGCAGCCAGAGGUUCCUGUGUGCGGGGCUGGCGGGGGCGUUCAGCCUUAGUCUCACCGCGCCCCUGGAGCUCGCCACUGUGCUGGCCCAAGUCGGCAGGGUGCAAAGCCACUCCCAGGGACUGUGGGCCACCGGACGCCGUGUGUGGCUGUCCGAAGGGCCAAGAGCCCUGUGGAAAGGGAAUGGCGUGGCGUGCCUGCGCCUCUUCCCCUGCAGUGUGGUGCAGCUGGCUGCCUACCGAAAGUUUGUUGUGUUAUUCAUGGAUGACCUGGGCCGUAUUUCCCAGUGGAGCUCCAUUGUGGCUGGAAGUCUCGCAGGCAUGGUUUCCACGAUUGUCACAUACCCUACAGACCUCAUCAAAACCCGAUUGAUUGUGCAGAACAUGCUGGAACCAUCUUACAGGGGGCUUAUUCAUGCUCUUUCUACUAUUUAUCAACAAGAAGGGUUCCUGGCUCUUUAUCGAGGGGCAUCCCUCACUGUUUUAGGUGCUGUUCCCUUCUCGGCUGGCUCUCUUCUAGUUUACAUGAACCUGGAAAAAAUCUGGACUGGACCCCGGGACCGCUUUUCUCACCUGCAGAACUUUGCCACCGUCUGUGUGGCUGCUGCUGUGAGCCAGGCUGUCUCAUUUCCCUUUGACACUGUGAAGAGAAAGAUGCAGUAUCCUUUGGCCAGUGUGGCCAGUGCCAAAAAGCCUGAAGGGACUUGACUUCCUAGUGGCGUCUUCUGACAUGAUGAUACUCCACUCUGGCACUCCGAUCCACAAAACAUCUCAUCUGUCUGGGUUUCUUCUCUCCUGUCCUUGUCCAGAUGAACCAUUGCCACACUGGUAUGACUAUAGUGCAAAACAUAAUGAACAUAACUUCUGAUUUAAAAAAAAUCAUGCCCAUAUUAAAACGUGGGUUUUUUUAAAAUAUUUAUUUAUUAUGUAUACAUCAUACAGCUUUCUGCCUGCAUAUACACCUGCAAGCCAGAAGAGGGCAUCAAACCUCGUUACAGAUGGUUGUGAGCCACCGUGUGGUUGCUGGGAUUUGAACUCAGGACCUCUGGAAGAGCAGUCGGUGCUCUUAACCCCUGAGUCAUCUCUCCAGCCCUUAAAAUGUGGUUUAAAGGGUUGAUUUCACAUUAUGUAUGUUUGGUCACAAUAAAAAAAAGUAAUGGGGGGCUGGAGAGAUGGCUCAGUGGUUAAGAACACUGACUGCUCUUCCUGAGGUCCUGAGUUCAAAUCCCAGCAACCACAGAGUGGCUCACAACCAUCUGUAAUGAGAUCCAAUGCUCUCUUCUGGUGUGUCUGAAGACAGCUACAGUGUACUCAUAUACAAUAAAAAAAUCUUUAAAAAAAAAAAAAGUAGGGGUUGGGGAUUUAGCUCAGUGGUAGAGCACUUGCCUAGGAAGCGCAAGGCCCUGGGUUCGAUCCCCAGCUCCGAAAAAAAAGAACCAAAAAAAAAAAAAGUAAUGGACAUGUGGUUGUUAGAAAUUUUAGGAUACAUAGCAAAGCAGGAAAAAAAGGAAAAUGCCCAAUACCUAUAGAUUCUAAUAGUUACUAGUUUUUCCUAUGUAUGUUCACACACACACACACACACACACACUUGCUCUCUCUUUCUCACACAUACAUACUGGCAAUGUGUGAAUGCAGUUUAGAAACAAAGAAAAAGAAAAAGAAAAGCUACAAAUAAAAGUUGGUAGCUUGCUUUUUUUACUUAUCACAUAGCAGAUACAGGUCCAGACAAUUAACUGUUCAGUUAUCAAAUUUUAUUUUGCAUUUGAAUGUUAGAAAUAGCUGAAAUUUCUCAGCUUGUAAAUAAUGGGGCUAGUUCUAAUUUUUAAGUGUAACAACACUGUAAUAAAAUCUCUUGUGUUUUUCACAUUAUAUUCCUAGAAACUGACUUGUAGGUCACAAGGCCUGAAUAAGUCUAAAGCAUCCUAAUUUUUAGGUAUUGAGGACUGAGCCCCAGGACAUGUGUGACUUAGACUAGUAUUCUACUGCCCGUAAGCUACAUCCCCUGCCCUUGCGUAUUUUUGUGCGUGCCAAGAGCUCCUUAAAUUAUCAGGACAGGCCUUGAUCUUCCCAUAUAAUCCAGGAAAGGCUUCAGAUUUAAAAGCUUCCUGCCUCAGUCUCCAGGGUACGGGGAUUUCCAGCAUGAGCUACCAUGCCCAGCGCACUUCCUCUGUUGCUCAUGUGAGCUCGCUCCCUAGUUUGUUUUUCCUUUGUUUUUUUACAUUUAAUUAUUUAUUCAUGUAUUUCAUGUGUGUUGGUGCUCUGUCCGCUUAUACCCCUGUAUGACAGAAGAGGGCAUCAAACUCCAGUUUAGAUAAUUGUGAGCCAUCUCUCCACCUUCUUUGUUUUUAAGACAGGGUUUCUAUGUAGCCCUGGAUGUCCUAGAACUCACUGUGUAGACGCAGGCUGGUCUCAAAUUCAGAGAUCUGUCUGCUUCUUCCUCCCAAGGGUUGGGAUUAAAGGCCACCAUGCUGACUCAUAAUGAAAUUGACACUCCAAAAAAUUAGAGGCAUUCAUUUGCACCAGCAGUAAGGUCACUGUCAUCAACUGUCACUUCUCUAAUGCAUUGUUUACAAGUGAGAUUGCAUGGUUUCCACAGUUGCCCUUUUGCAUUGCUUUAUAAUUUGUAUAUGUUCUUUGCCUAUUUUUCUGGGGUAUCUAGAUUUUCCUAUUGUUAGUAACAGGUCUUUGCCUAGUAAAGGUAUCAACCUUCGCAUGUACUGCACAUUCUCUUUCAUGUCAUAUUUUCUAACAUUUGCCUUAAUGCUCCUUCUGUGGGGUUUUUGAGAUAAAAAAUCUCACAGUGUAACCCAGGCUGGUCAUAAAACGUGUGCCAAUCUUCUGCUGUCAGCCUCCUAAUUGCUGAGGUAACAGACAUAAACCACCUCUUCCAGGUCUGUUUAUGUGUUAUGAUGUAUAUAUUUUGAAAUGUGAUGUGACUAUAUACUUUUGCCCUUGCUUCUUUUUUGUUUCUAAUGUUAUUUCUCUGCUUUAAAUUUCUGCCGCUACAAUCCUUUUAGUCAGUACUGAUGCAAUCCAGAACCUCACACAUGCUAGCCAAGGGCUCUACCACUGAUUUAUGUCCCUAGCCCCCAGCCCUAUGGCUAGUCACCUAUUUGUUCCUUAAGUACAUUUUAGUAUAACUCCAACACUUAACAUCUUAUUACAUUUAGGAUUUGUAGUUCGCCAAUUGCUUGUGCACCAUUUGAAAAUAAUCUUUCUUUUCUCACCCACUAUGUGACGUGGCCUUCACCACACAGUAAGUCUGUUUUCCCAGGGUCUCUAUGUCUGGCAACGUGUUCUGCUCAGUUGUCCUUUUGACCGUCCUUGCACCAUUUCAAUGUUCACGUCUUUCUAACACACUCCUAACUUCACUGCUUUUCUUUACUUUCCUUUGGUUUUUCACAGUCACCUGUCCUUCCUGGUAAACUUCAAAUCUGUCUUAUGUUUAGCAUUGAAACCACAUCACAGUACAAACUUGUAGUAAUUCAUGUAAAACAUUCCGUUUUCUUUUCAGGACCACAGUAUGUGGCCCUUCUUUAGUUCCAAGCAUCUUUCUUUAGGUUUAAUCAUAUAAGUCUGCUACUACCCAACCUGUUUAACAUAUUCAAAUGCUGACUUCAUAAGUUGCAAUCCUAGAACACCUUUAAUCCCAGCUCUCAGGAGGCAGAGACAAGUGGAUUGCUAUGAGUUCAAGGCCAGCCUAGUCUACAGAGUUCCAAGACAGCCAGGGCUACACAGAGAAACACUGUCUCAGAGAAAUAGAGACAGCAAGACAGAGACAGACAGACACAUGUAUGCGCGCGCACACACACACAGGGGGAAGGAGGGAAAGAGAGGGAGGAGGAAGAGAGAGAAUAUCUCUUGCUGCUAGAGAAAUUCCCAACACUUUGUAUCCUCUUUUGAGUCUAUCCUAGAUUAUGUAAGGUUAGGUGAGCUUAGCUACCUACCACUAAUGGACCUACCUAAAAUAGAACCUUGAGACCUGGGGCUAAAGCUAGUCAUCAGAAAGGGUUUCAGGUAAAAUUCAGUGAUAUCUGGAUGUGAAGCUGAGAGAUUUUGGUCUUCUCCAUAAAUCUUCUUCCAUAAACCUUUAUGGAAGAAAGCUUUCCUUUCUCUUUCUGGGAGCUAAAACAAAGACUCUUUCUAGGAGAUUCUAGCCAACACUACAUUCUGCACUACACUAUCACCAUACUAUAAUAAUCUGCCUCCAACCAGGGUAUAAGAUACACUGAGAGUGAGAAUUUUAGUGUAGUCCUAAUCAUUUUCCCUUUGUGGGGGAACCUUCUAGAUGAUGCAUAUAUAGUGUGUCAACAUGCUGCCAUCAUGCUGAGUAUGGUGGUGCAUGCCAGUGAUCUCAGUGACAGAGGCAAGAAGAUCAAAACUCCAAGGUCACCAUCAUAUACAUAGCCAGUUUGAGAUUAGCCUCAAGAAAACAAAAUCAGAAAAAAAAAACAGCUUUCAAAUAAAUGCAAAGUCAUAGUGGUUGUUUUCAAAAACACAAGGUAAUUGUUCUGUAAAAUAGGACUGGCGUUAUUUACAUCAUAAAUGUCAUCUGAAGAUAUAGUAACUCAACAUGACUCAGACAAAAUUUUAUUUUUUAUGGGUUAAUAAAUAUAAUAACUUUGUCCAUAAUAUAUUCUUUUAAAAAAUUAACACCCAGGAGAAAGGCCACAGGCUUUUAAAUGCAAACAUGGCAUUACCUUCUCCAGCCACUAGGUGUCACUGCAGUAAACACAUAGUAUCUGAGCCAUGGAAAGCUAUGAACCAGAGCUUAGUGAGUUACCAACCUCACAGUCCCCAGCUCAGAAUUACUUAGGUAGGACGAUAAGGGGCCAGAAGCAACAGGAAACACCUAAAGGGUUUUUUUUCCUGUAAGGCACACAAUGCAAUAUUCAUCAGGAAGAGAGAGCCACAAGAACCACCUGCCCUCACUGGAUCAGGCAGGUUUACCCACUUGCUUUGUCACAAGGGCACCAAGCUGCUGUGACCUGAACACAGUUAAUGGUAACACUUGCAUUCCAUUGGUUUUCUCCACAGCACUGCCCAACAUGAAGCAAAUCAACAGCAGGUGUCUGGUGGAUAGCUAACCGAACAAGGAGUUUCCCCACCCACCCACCCAUAGUGGCUGGUGCCUUUGUCUGAGUGCCUAACUGUCUUCAUAGGCUUUUAUCCAGACAUUCAUACAUACAAUCUGUCCGUCCAAUACCACGCCAGGUUGGAACUAUUCUAAACAUUAAUGACAAUAAUCAGAAGUCUUGUUCAGCCACCUGAUCCCUUCCUUCACCAGGCUUACAUUCAUUUUAUUCUGCUUUUCCUUGCUUGGCCUGCUGGAGGAUGGAAAGGUAAAUAAUUUAUGCAUGUGCAUGUUUUGAGAGAAUGUUUCUGGGGAGAAGGGUCAGUUGUGUGUGGAAUGAAAUGCCACUACCUCAUGUGCUUUCACAGGCUCUAACCACCCUGCCUGAAAUCUCCUUUUCCACUGCUCUGUACAUUUUAACCCAAGCUCUUCUAGAUACAGCCAAGCCAGGCCCUUCUAUCUGGAUCACCACCUGGCUAAGACCCUGGGCCAGAAGAUGCUGGCAGCAGUAAGUGUAUUGGAGAAACAAUAGGCUGGGCAUAGUGCCAUAACCUUUAGGCAGGCAGAGGCAGGCAAUUUUUUUUGUGUGUGUGAGUUUGAGGAAAACCUUGUCCACAUAGCAAGUUCAAAGCCAGCCAGACCUACACAGUGAGAGAUUGUCUGAAAAGGGCAGAGGGGGUGAAGAAAAGAAAAGGAUUCAAUAAAAGAAAAUAUAAGACGGAGGAAAUGUUAACAAAAAUAUUUUAUCUGAUUAAUCUGUAAUAAGAACCAAAGAUUUCUGAAGAAGAAAAAAAAAAAAAACCUAUAACGGUUCCAUAGACCGGUAUUUGAAAGAGAAGGUGAGACAGGCUGGGAAACACUUUGCUGGGAAGCUGAGGAACAGCUUUGAGCAUGGGACCUGGAGUCUGAUAGGCGUUCCAAAAGAACCGGGAAGGAGGUCCCCGUGCAUCCCCUCCACUCUGCUGCUCGUAUCACGUAUCUCCAUUUCAUCAAACACGAACCCAUGUGUCACCCUGUUGAUUUAUACCCCAGUGGACUUUGCUCCACCACAACUCACAAGGUAAGCAGGAUUAGGCCAGGUCAGCGUUUGAACUGAAAGUGCAUAAAAUGAAGGACAAAGGUGGUAUCCAAGCGGCACAGCUCAGUGAGCAGAACACACAUGGUCAGUGAAUAAACAGAGGCCCCAGCCUGCUCAAAUAGACUCCAAGCUGACCGAGAUGGUUACCACCUUGAGCAACCUUUGCUGAGUAGGACACACUCCCUUCAUUUACCCACUCCUCAGAGCUGCUCCUGUCUUCAUCCCCCCCCCCCCGCCCCCGUCUCCCUCCUCAGUCCUGGGCUCAUGGUUCUCACAGCCUGCUUUGCUGACUUGUGCCAUAGAGUCUCACAUCCUCAUGAUCACUUCCAACCAACCCACUGUCUGUCAAAGUUACUCUUGUUCCCCUCACACUUUCUACCUAGAGUUUUCCCUUUCUGGGCUAUCAUUGGCCCAGAUACCCAAGCUAAGCAUUCAGAAGUUAUGUUUGGCUCUGCUGUCCCUUCAUCCAACCAACCCAGAGCCCAGUUGCUUCUGCAUUCAUAAGUUUCCCACAUGGGUCCUUUCUCUUAUUGCCCUGCCUCCAGUCAAAGGCCUUAUCACCUCAUACUGCAGCACAUUCUGUUCUCUAGGAUUGAUUCUAAAAGUGACCAUUAGCACUGAGGGGAAGCUACAGCAGCCACUGGGCCAAGUGGAUAUUCAUUAUAUCAUCCAGUCCUUACAACCAUUUAAAAAGUGAGCCCUGCUUUAUUGCACACCUCUCUCUCUCUCUCUCUCUCUCUCUCUCUCUCUCUCUCUCUCUCUCUCUCUGUGUGUGUGUGUGUGUGUAUCUGUCUGUCUGUCUGUCUCUGUCUUUGUCUCUGUCUCUCUCACUCUCUCUGUGUCUCUGUCUGUCUCUGUCUCUCUCUCUCUCUCUGUGUGUGUGUGUGUGUGUGUGUGUGUGUUGUGUGUCUGUCACAGGGCACAUAUAGAAGUCAGACAACUUAAAGGAAUCAGUGAUCUCUGUCCACCACGCAGGUUUGGGAGCUUAAACUCAAAUCAGCAAGUCUUAGCAGCAAGCACUUUUACCUGUUGAGCCAUCUUGCCUAUUGAGAUGAGAAAACUGAGGCCUCAAAGGUUCUGUAGAUCACAAGCCCAUCUUCGAGCAAUGGAACUGGGAGAAAGGCCAUGCAGUUUGCACUUCAGUCCCAGCCGCUGAGUCUGUGGGUUUCUUGCAGAACAAAUGUUCUUUAGCCCUGUCAGUGUUGCUCCUUCUCUCUCACCUUUAGAGAAGAAUUAGAGGAGAAAGGAUGGCCCAUUAGUCUGGCAUGUUUCCCUCACCGACUUCACUGUUCCUCUUGUAUAGAGACCCUUUGUAUAGGGAGUUGCAGAAUCAAAUGUCUUGUAAGAAUUCAGAAGCAGCAUGGGCAGGAGAGCUAGAGAGACCCAGAUAACAGGCACUCAGCCCCAAACAAUAAGCCUUUAAAUGCAUUCUAAGCCGUCAUGCCUUUUGAAAGCAUUCUGGAGAACUAAACUCUGUGCCCACAGAAUGUGAUUAGCAUUUAAAUAUGCGUAGCAGAAAAGAGGGAAGAGAGCCUGUGGGGGCUGCUGCUAAGCUACAAGAGUCUCUUUGCAGAAGGAUGGUUGUCAUUUAGAAAUGCAAGCCCCGUUUUCAAGGGAGCCCCUAAAUCCAGAUUUAAGAUGUAAGAUCUUUUGAUUUUUAAGGUUACAAAUAAACAAUACUGACCAGGCAAAGCAAAAUAUGCCUUCUUUUGGCCUCUUGUUCAACUGAGGCAUCCAGUUGCAAUAGUGAAGAAGUUCCCCUCCCCCAAGCCCAAAUGUAUUUUAUAUUCCGGUCAACAGGCCUUUGUUCGUGCAGUGACCUCUCUCUGCCCAAGCAUCACUUCUGUCUCUGUAAAAGUCCAACUGAGCUUACCUUGGUAGUAGUAUCCGUUGCUUUUGUUUGCUGGCUUUUCCCACCCAUCCAGCACUCACUUUCAGAUAAUGGGUAAAGGCAGAUAUUUAAGCCUUUGAGAGCCACAGUGCAGACAGUCCAGCCCACUGGGCUCCUGGGGAGGAAGGAAGUAAAUUAAUGGUAGGGGACCUUCUCUGAAAAGGUGGACGAUGUUUUCCACUGACUCCCAAUUCUCCCAUGUCUGUGGGCACAGUAGUUGUAGUCCCAAAAGUUGUGGGUGAGUAACUCCUUUGAAAGGGUAUUGUUAGCCUCUCCAUGGGUCCUCUCACUCUGACAAUUUCCCUUCUAAAGUAUUUUUUCCUGUCUCACCAUUUUUAUCUCCACAUCACUGCUCUGCUGUCCCCCCACCCCCUGCCAAGACUACCUCCUGAGAGAGGCUAUCUUACUUUCCCAAGCAGAAGUACUCUCCUUAAUCCUACUGUCUUAGUUUGCUUAGUUUUAAGCAUCCCUACUCUGGAACUCUCAAAUUCAAAAUGCUCUAAAGGCAGAAACUUCGAGCAUCCACAUGAUGCGAGCUUCUGCAACUGACGUCAAGGAAAGGACUGCAAACAAAAUACAGUCACACUGAAAAGCCCGUAGAUGGGGCUGGGGAGAUGGUUAUUACAUAUGCACAGAAGCUUCAGCUUGAAGUCCCCAAACCAAUAAAAGCUAGGCAUGGUAGGAGUGGGUGUCUACAAUUCCAGUGCUCCUAUGUUGAGAUGGGGAACAGAAUUAAAAGAAUCCACAGAAACUCAUGGCCUCACCUACACAGCGGUAAACAGAGAUGCUGUGUAUAUCUAAUAAGAGGGAAGCCAGGAGCACAUCUGAGAUUGUCCUCUAACCUCCACACGUAAGUUACAGCACACAUGUACCCCACACAGAGCCACGCACACCACAUACACAUGCAUAUGUAUAUAAUAAUAAAAUAAAAAUGUAAGACUGCAUAAAGUUGGGGCUGGGGAUUUAGCUCAGUGGAAGAGCGCUUACCUAGGAAGCGCAAGGCCCUGGGUUCGGUCCCCAGCUCCGAAAAAAAGAACCAAAAAAAAAAGAAAAAAAAAGACUGCAUAAAGUUACCUUCGUGCUUUAUAAAAUAAAAUACAUAUGAAAUUUUUGUGUGCCUUUCUAAGAAUGCACUGUCUCCUAUCAUAGCAAUCCUGUCCUGUGCCACGCAUGGCCAACAUCUGUUAACUGGCAAGAUUGGCAAGUGUGCUAAAAGGACAAGAUAGAACCAGACACAAUGUCCAAAGCUUGUAAUCCCAACAUCCAGGAAGCUGAGACUGAAGGAUCAAACUAUUCAGACCUGCCUGGGCUACAGAGCAAGUUCAAAGCUAGUCUGGGCAAUUUUGUAGGGCUGUGUCUGAGGCAAACAGAAAAGAGAAUAGGAAAAAUAAAACUUCACACGGUUCCCAUGUGUACUCUCUCCGCAUUCCAACCUCCCAUCACUGUGCAUGGAUCUGGGGGGGGGGGCAUUUGGCAAAUCACACCACCAUCCAAUUCAUAGUCCUUAGGUGACUGCUUUCAGAAAGUGUAGGAAUGUAUACGACUUUGCUGCUCCUUUACUGAAGCUUUUGUCAGGGUUAGAUACAUGAAGAUUUGUGCAAGAAGAUAAUGACAGGAAAAGUCUGCCCUGGAUUAAGGAAUUGUAACUGUUCUACCAUUUAUUGGCCAGAUAAUACAUAUAAGGCAGAUUCUUAAUUCAUUUAAUCCUCGUUAUCAACCUCCGAAAUAGGUAGUAUUAUGACCCUUAUUUCAUGGGUGGGAAAAUGAGGCACAGAAAGGGGACGCUACUUGCUCAGAAGUCACACAGCUACUAUAUAUUAAAGCUGGCUCUCUCCUUCCUCCCAGCUUUCCUUUAGCCACCAGGAAGUACAGGGCUCCUUCUAGAUGCUAGGCAGUUAAUUUAGCCUUUCGUUACUUUGCCUCUGCUAAGAUGGCAGACGCUGGCCCCUGAGAACUGGAAGCUCGAUAUUUCAGUGCAUGAACGGUGGAGAAAAAUAACAAUGUGCAAAGGCUCAGAAGCCUUCAUCCAUUUAAACUGCUCUACAACGGGAAGCUGGGUGGCUUCUGAACAGUACAAGUGGAUUUCUCAUAGUUCUGGAGGCUGGAAUGUGCAAGGUCAAAGCAAAUUUAAUAUCUGGUGAAUGCUCGCCUUCCCAUUCCUAGAUAGCACAUUCCUGUUCUGUCCUUCUGUAGUAGAAGAAGCAGGGCAACUCCUGGCAUGGCUUUUUGGACCCUAAUCCCAUUCCGGAGGGCUCUGGCCUCGUGACCUUAUUAUCGUCCAGAGGCUCCACCUCCUGAAACAUUACAUGCCAUCAGGAUUUCAACACAGAAAUUGGAAGGAAACACAAAUGUUUGGACUUUAAUAUGCCUGGUUUUAGGCAGAAGCUGGUUACCUCAAAUUAAAGUGGGAAAAAAAGUCUUAGGGAAACUCUAGAAUCCUGGAGCUUGGAAUCAGUAUCCUGUCAUUGGAAACUCCAUUGGCAGCUUUAACAAGCUCUCCGCAGUCAGUAGACCAUUCCCAGCCACCAUCCUUUGGUCAGCUACAGACUGAUCUGGCUGAUCGGAGGACUGGGAAGAAAGUCCUUAGCACUCUGGAAGGAUGAUGCCAGGAAAGGUAAGGAAAUUGUUGUCCCAGC